AUGGGCGUCCAGAAGAUCAUUGUGGCUGUGAACAAGAUGGAUGCGGUGCAGUGGGACCAUGCCCGCUUCGAGGAGAUUGAACAACAAAUUUCCUCCUUCUUGACCACUGCAGGCUUCCAAGAAAGCAACAUUUCGUUCGUCCCAUGCUCUGGAGUCCUGGGAGACAACAUUUCUCGGCGAAGCGAAGAUUCCCACGCAUCGUGGUACACAGGCCGCACCCUGAUCGAGGAGCUGGAGACAUCCGAGCCAUACACUCAUGCACUCGAGAAGCCAUUGCGCAUGACGAUUGGAGAUGUGUUCCGCGGCGGUGUCCAAAACCCGUUGUCCAUCUCCGGUCGCCUUGAUGCUGGUAGUGUGCAAGUUGGCGACCAAAUCCUCACCAUGCCAAGUGGCGAAACCGCAGUCGUGCGCAGCAUGGAAGUCGACAACAAGCCAAGUGACUGGGCUGUAGCAGGCCAGAACGUUGUUCUGAACAUUGCCAACAUUGAUCCGAUCCACCUCCGCUCCGGCGAUGUUGUCUGUCGUCCCUCGUCUCCCAUCCCCACCAUCACGACCUUCACCACCAAGGUCUUGGCCUUUGAGCAUCUCAUGCCCAUGCAAGUGGACGUGCACCGGGGUCGUCUCCACGUCCCCGGGCGCAUUAGCAAGCUCGUCGCAUCUCUUGACAAAGCCACGGGAGAGGCUCUGAAAAAGCGGCCCAAGAUCGUCGGACCUGGCACUGUGGCACGCAUUGUCGUUGAGAUGGACCAAGCUGUUCCCCUCGAAGCGCCGACGAGAAUUGUGCUGCGUGCGGGAGGGUCUACUGUGGCUGCCGGUUUGCUCGAAUAA